AUGCAGCCAAGGCUCUGGCUGGUUUUCAGUGUGAAUCUGGCAGCUCUCUGCAGCAGCUCUGCCCUCCUUCAGACCCCUCCGUCCGUGACGGUCCUAACCAAUGGAACAGCAAAAGUGACCUGUGAGGCUAGAACCUCCUCUAAGACCACAAUCUACUGGCUGAGACAGUACGAGAACGCCGCCAAGGCCAAGAGCUAUGAGUUCCUGGCUUCCUGUAAUCCCGGUAAUAUACCUGGUAAAAAGAUGAAGAAGAAUAUAAUUGUGUUUUCGGAUUCAACCCGGUACUUUCUCAAUCUCACGAAUGUGAAGCCGGAGGACAGUGGCUUCUACUUCUGCAUGAUGGUUGGGAGCCCCCAGCUGAUCUUCGGGACAGCGACUGAGCUGCAAGUGGUUGAUGUCCUUCCUACACCUGCCCCGACCAGCAAGAAGACUAUUGUCAAGAAGAAACAGUGCCCGCUCCCCAGCCCAAAGACCCAGAAGGGCCCAAGGUGUGGUCUCAUUACCCUCAGCCUGCUGGUGGCCGGCAUCCUGGUUCUGCUGGUGUCUCUGAGUGUGGCCAUCCACUUUCACUGCCUUCGGAGGAAAGCCCGAAUUCGCUUCAUGAAACAGUAA